GUGCUGAUGACAGCAGCAGUGGAGGCUGCGGAGGAAGAUCCCUCGAAGGACGAUGCGGAUAAGGCCUCUACCGGUGCAGCGACGCCGGCAAAGCAAGAGAAGCCAUCAGCGGAGUCAGAGAGGAAAGAUGUCAAGGCACUCGCAGAGAAGCUGGCGGAGAAACUGCAUGAGAAUGCGCAGGCAGGACGCCCGGUGAGUGGACAAAGAAGUCGGACCAGCAGCCGUCCUGGUUCAGCUGCCGUCAGGGUUGCGGUGUCUCGUGCCGGCUCGAAAGCUGAGUCGGAAAGACGAGAGACCAAGACACCUGCGGAAACACUCGAGGAGAAGUUCCGCGAGAGUGGACAGGCGAGCCGUCCGGUGAGCCGCUCUGCAAGUCGCCCCACGAGUGGACGAAGCCGAGCAAGUCGUCCUGGCUCUGCAGCAGCUCCCAAGGCAGCAGCGGCGGCUGCCCUCGCCGGCGCCGUGACGCUGCCAUCAAGCCCGAAGUUUUCGCAGAAGACCCCCCUGGCAGACAAGAUCUUGUACAAGCUGAUCGACACUGGGCUGGCGGAAUCUCCACCCAUGGAGGUUGCCGCGCACGACUUCGACACCUUCGAGUCGCCUCGCUCUCGCAUCAGGUGGAAAUGGCUGCAGCUCGGGCAGGCGGAAAUUGAACUCUGA